GCGUCGUUUGCGCCUGUCCUCUGUAAUCGGGGUGUAGUUUGAGCUCGCGGUUUCCUCGGUGUCUCGUAACUUCCAGCUAGACAUUGAUCUGGAAGGCUUGGGUUGGGUUGGAAAAGGCUGGCUCGAUUUUAGAAAUGUCCUUUCUUCCUUAUCUGUCGGCUCCCCACUGAACGUACAGCUCAUCUUUCAGUCUUUUUACGGAUAUGACAGCAUCCAUCUACAGGAGUUUAGGUUGUAAAUGCAUUUGUGAUGUUUUACAGGACGGCAAACUUAUGUGUUAUUAAGAGUUACUGUAAUGAGUAAAUUGCUGUAGAACAUUUAAAUGGAAUUACUUCACCAGGGAUAUUUUAAAGAUGUUCUAUUUCUCUCCCAUUUUAGGAUAAAAUCCUAUUCCCAGGGCUAAGAGUUAGUUAGGAUUUAUUUCUAAGAAACCUGUCUAUGGAUUUGAGAACAGCAUGUGUGUCGUAGGAAGUGUUUGAUGGCCUUCAUGUUUAUUAUGCUGUUGUAGGAUCCUAGGAAGUGAGAUUAAAGGUGCCAGGUAUGCAACAGUUGCCGCGUACCAAUUUAUCAGUAAUUCUUACCUGUUACACUUUCUUUUCUAGCAGUCAUGGUGAAUUUCGCCCAAGCUGUGCGUGAUCACUGGGUUCACAUCCUUGUUCCUUUAGGAUUUGUGAUUGGAUGCUAUUUGGACAGAAGGAAUGAUGAAAAACUGUCUGCCUUCAGAAACAAGAGCUUAUUAUAUAGAAGAGAGUUGAAGCCUGGUGAAGAAGUUACAUGGAAAUAAAGGCUGCUGAUGAAAUGGAAAAUGUUUUUGUUUGAUUCAUCAUCUUAUCUCAGGCGCUGAAAGAAUAGGAUUCUGGUUUUUAUCUUGAGAGAAUAUGUAAAGCUACAAAAAAGGACACCUGCAAUUCAUCAGCGCUAGUUUAAUUUCCAAUCUUACAUUUUGAAAGAUGAUUUAAUUACAUGACUAAUAUGUGUCCAGGAAUUCUAUUAGUCCAUAACUGCUGAGAAACUUGUCCCCAGAACUCAUAUUCUGAAGGGGGAAGAAGAAUUACAUAAUAAAG